AUGGCUGAUCAGCAGACGCAUAAGAUUUACUACUUGGGAGCAUUUGACAGCUCGAAUAAGCCUGCAAUAAAUAUACAGCAAUGUGAGGAUCUCGGCAGCUUCAGCUUCUAUCAGCGCAGCUCCGUUAGGGAGUUCUUGGUCUUCAUGGCUAAGACUGUGGCAGAGAGAACCGAAAAUGGACAGAGGCAAUCAGUGCAGGAGAACAACUACACAGCGCACGUAUUCAGACAGGGGGAUUAUUCAGCUGUGGCUAUUGUAACGGAGCAGUAUCCAGUCAGGCCAGCCUUCUCCCUUCUGCAAAAAAUACUUGACGCAGUCCCUGGCGCGGUCAGAACUGCACCAACAUACCCUGAGUGGGUCGAAGGAGCGAGAAAGGGGAAUAACCCCACACAAUGUCCAGUAGUAUUGCCUGAGCUCAAUACCCUCAUCAUAAAGUACCAAGAUCCCAAGCAAGCAGACACCAUCAUGAGAGUACAGCAAGAGUUGGAUGAGACAAAGGUCGUAAUGCACAAGACAAUCGAAAGCGUCUUGGAGAGAGGUGAGAAGCUGGACAAUCUCGUCGAGCGUUCAAAUGCUCUAUCUGCACAAUCUAAGAUGUUUUACAAGACUGCAAAAAAGCAAAAUAGCUGCUGCGUUAUUUCUUAA